CCCGCCACGCCCCGCAACCCCGCCUCCCUCUUCGCGCCCCCCCAAACCCUCCUCCGCUCCCAGCCCAAGCCCAAGCCCACCCCCUCCCCUCUCCCCAAGCCCCCCCUCCUCUCCGCCCCUCCCCCCGACGACGCCCUCCAGCCCGCCCUCGUCGGCGUCCCCUCCACCGUCCUCGAGGAGUACGACCCCGCCCGCCCCAACGACUACGACGACUACCGCCGCGACCGCAAGCGCCGGGCCCGCGAGGCCGAGAUCCUGCGGGAGCUCGAGCGCCGCCGCCACGAGGAGGAGGAAGAAGAGAGGGAGAGGGAGAGGGAGAGGGAAAGGGAGAGAGAUUUUGGGGAUUCCAGGUUGAAUGUUUCCGGUGAGGAGGCGUGGAGGAGGCGCGCCGCGAUGAGUGGGGCGGUGCCGAGGUCGCCGUCGCCGCCGCCGGCGAAUUCGGACGGUUUUAGCAUUGGGAAGUCGGAGACGGGGGGCCUGGGCGUGGGGGCGGGGGGGCAGAUGACGGCGGCGCAGAGGAUGAUGGCGAAGAUGGGGUGGAAGGAGGGGCAGGGGUUGGGGAAGCAGGAGCAGGGGAUUACCACUCCUUUGAUGGCAAAGAAGACGGAUAGACGAGCUGGGGUUAUUGUCAAUGCCAGUGAUAAUAGUAGCAAGAAAGUUAAGAGUGUUAGCUUCAAUGGGGUGCCUACCAGGGUCUUGCUGCUUAGGAACAUGGUGGGUCCCGGUGAGGUAGACGACGAGCUGGAAGAUGAGGUAGGAUCAGAAUGUGCCAAGUAUGGAACUGUAACCCGAGUUCUGAUAUUUGAGAUAACAGAACCAAAUUUCCCCAGUGAUGAAGCAGUAAGAAUCUUUGUGCAGUUUGAAAGAUCCGAAGAAACAACUAAAGCGCUUAUUGACCUCGAUGGUCGAUACUUUGGGGGUAGAGUGGUGCGUGCCUCAUUUUAUGAUGAGGAGAAGUUUAGCAAGAAUGAGUUAGCUCCAAUGCCUGGAGAAAUUCCUGGCUUUACCUGAAAGAACAGUGUCCAUUAUUUUUGUAAGUUGUCCUUAGUGAAUGCCCCACAAGACUUGAGAUUAUAGGUUAAUACUUCAUUACAUGUCUCGUAAGCUUAAUUUUGGUCUCUGUUUGUGAAAGCAACAAAAGGUUGUUGAUCAGGGAGUUAUUAUGAUCACAAGAACAUUUAACGUUUCUUUCUAGCGCUAAUGUUGUCAAUGUACAUUCGAAGUUCCUUAAUAUUAUGAUCAGUUGGGAGAUUAAGGUAAAA